AUCCCGUUUCGACCCUGGCACCCCCUCUACGCUCUCCCACUGCCCCAAUCUUCCAGGGAGAAGGGCGAACGGGGGCAGACUCCAUGAGUCACGUCUUGGGCCUGGAGUUGAGGAGGGAAGCGCCGCCUCUCCUUGGGCCCCUUUUCUCUCCCUUUCCCCUCCCCUCCGGUUCCUUGAGCAGCUAGAUGCUGCGGUGCAAUCACCGAUUCCCCACCACCAAUUCGGCUGGGCCUCCGCGGCUUCUCAGGGCGUCCCGCAAGGAGGAAGGAAAGAUGAACAUACUGGCGCCGGUGCGGAGGGACCGCAUUCUGGCGCAGCUGCCCCAGUGCCUGAGGAAGGAGGCCGCUUUGCACGUGCAUAAGGACUUCAACCCCCGCGUCGCCUGUGCUUGCCAGGAGCGCCGGACAGGCACCGUGGGAUUUAAGAUCUCCAAGGUCAUUGUGGUGGGGGAUCUAUCGGUGGGGAAGACUUGUCUCAUUAAUAGGUUCUGCAAAGACACCUUUGAUAAGAAUUACAAGGCCACCAUUGGAGUAGACUUUGAGAUGGAACGAUUUGAGGUGUUGGGCAUCCCCUUCAGUCUGCAGCUCUGGGAUACUGCUGGACAGGAGAGGUUCAAAUGUAUUGCAUCAACCUACUACCGAGGAGCUCAAGCCAUAAUCAUUGUCUUCAACCUGAAUGAUGUGGCCUCCUUGGAUCAUACCAAGCAGUGGCUAGCUGAUGCACUCAAGGAGAACGACCCUUCCAGUGUGCUUCUCUUCCUCGUGGGUUCCAAGAAGGACCUGAGUACUCCUGCUCAGUAUGCACUAAUGGAGAAAGAUGCACUCAAGGUGGCCCACGAGAUGAAGGCUGAGUACUGGGCAGUCUCAUCUCUCACUGGUGAAAAUGUCCGGGAAUUCUUCUUCCGUGUGGCAGCAUUGACCUUUGAGGCCAACGUGCUGGCUGAGCUGGAGAAAUCAGGGGCCCGGCGCAUUGGGGAUGUUGUCCGCAUCAACAGUGAUGACAGCAACCUCUAUAUAACUGCCAGCAAGAAGACGCCCACAUGUUGCCCCUGAGGGUAAGGGGACUGUCCAGAGACUGCCCAGCCCUGGGGCACUGUGUCAUGUUGACUUCUCCAGAGCUUGACCCCUGGACAUUUGCACUGAUUGUUUUUCCAGACCAAAGAGCUGCCUGUUGGUGGCAGGACUCCCAGAGUAGCUGAGACCAUGCAUGCUAGUUACUUCCUGCCCCCAGACACCAUGCCAAAAACUGGAUGCCCCCCCCAUGCAGGGGGUUGCAAGGGUGCCUGGCGUGGGGAGGUGGUCCUUACUGCUUUUGCUCAGCCUGCUGGGGCCCUUUGGGUAUGUGGAUACUUAAUAACCCCAGCCUCACACUGUGCCUUAUCCAUUAAAGUCUCUAUUAGCA